AUGGCAGCGGCGGCACUGCGUCUUUUCCUUUUUAAGUGGUCUCUUGGCGCACCCGAGCAUCAUCCAUCGCCAACUCCAUCGCGGGCCAUUUAUGGUUUCGUCUUAUAUGUUACAACUUAUGUCUUGUUGGGUACCUACACUUUGUGGGCCGUCAUUCCAGAUGAAUGGCUAACAGAAGUUGGAUUGACUUACCGGCCACAGAAGCAUUGGGCAAUCACUGGACCAAUCUAUGUAUGUGUAUCAUUCGUCUUAUUUAUAGCUAGCUAUGUUGGUUUAAAUUUGUACAAUACCCCUUCGCUGGACUCAAUUUACACAAUCAAAGAUGAAUUUUCUCGAAGGAUCCCAACAUCGAUUAGUCAAGACAUCCCACCACCGUAUGAUAUUCCUAUUCAGAUAACCAACGAGCGUUAUUAUGGUUGCUAUAAUCAAUCAUAG